GACAACAAAUCGGGUCGUCGCUGGUGUUCUGUAUCCAAAAAAAACAAACUUCUAAGGAAAAUUGGGAUAUUUUCCCGGAAAAAUAUCUAAUUUUCUCGCCAAGGCUUAGGAUGACUAAGAUUAUGGUUCAGCCACUGUUCUUUCUGUUCACGAUCUUCUUCUUCUUCUUCCAUGAAUCGUUCAGUUCAUAUGCUGGUUCAGCCAGUUCCAUCAUCAACCCCGCUAAAGUCAAACAGAUUUCAUGGAAACCAAGAGCUUUCAUCUACGAAGGAUUUCUUACGGACUUGGAAUGCGACCAUUUGAUCUCGCUUGCCAAAUCGGAACUUAAGAGAUCAGCUGUCGCCGAUAGCGAGUCCGGGGAGAGCCAGCUUAGCGAAGUUCGUACUAGCUCCGGCAUGUUCAUAUCUAAGGCCAAGGACCCCAUUGUUGCUGGUAUAGAGGACAAGAUUUCAACGUGGACUUUUCUUCCUAAAGAAAAUGGAGAAGACAUACAGGUACUUAGAUAUGAAGAAGGCCAGAAAUAUGAACCCCACUAUGAUUACUUUGCUGACAAAGUCAACAUUAUCCGGGGUGGACACCGCAUAGCAACUGUACUCAUGUAUCUCACUGAUGUAGUCAAGGGUGGUGAAACUGUAUUCCCUCAUGCAGUGGAGAAUCCACGCCAUAAGCCUUCCACAACUCUCGAAGAUUUCUCCGAGUGUGCAAAGAAAGGAGUUGCCGUCAAAGCACGACGAGGGGAUGCCCUUCUCUUCUUCAGUCUUCUCCCAACUGCUAUUCCGGACACACUCAGUCUCCACGCAGGGUGCCCAGUCAUCGAAGGUGAGAAAUGGUCAGCAACAAAAUGGAUUCAUGUAGAUUCAUUUGACAAGGAUGUGUCAGCUGGUGGGACCUGUACAGACAUGAAUGAAAGCUGUGAGAGAUGGGCUGCCCUUGGUGAAUGCACCAAGAACAAAGAAUACAUGGUUGGAUCUCCAGAACUUCCUGGAUACUGUAGGAGGAGUUGUAAAAUGUGCUAAAAUCUUCCAGUCCUCGGACAUUGCAUCGGGCCAAUUCCAAUAUAUUAAUUUCCCAAGAGAGAGAGAGAGAGAGAGAGAGAGAGAGAGGCUAAAAUAUUGAAUUGAAUGUUUUGGACAAUCUGGAGGAAAGAAAGAUUCCAAUAAUGUUCCAAGGUACAUUUUGGUGAGAAAAGGGUCAAAGAUGAGUUCAUUUCAGGCUUUAGUGGGAAAGGAAUUACCCCUCCCCUACCUACCUAUUAUUCUAUUAUUGGUUAUUACUGUUACCCAACUUAAAUAAAUAAAUGUAUUAUUCGGUCAGUAAUGAAUGAUUGUACAAACAACAUUUAGAGGAAGAGGACCACCCAUAGAUUCCCAUUAUCAAUAUCAAAAUGGAAAAGGAGGCCCUGAAUUGUGGUCCUUAUAAGUGUCCUAUUUUGAUUGAUACUUUUGUAGCAUCGUGCAUUAAAUCACUCAGCCUUUCUAUUUGGUUUAACUUAUAUAUAUGAUAUGAUAUGAGAU